AGUCAUCCAGCCUCAGGUUGGCUCCGUUUAUCCCGUAAGGGUCCGGAGCGCGCGUCGGGGUCCGGGGGCCCGCUCGUGAAGCCGCGAGGGGAGGCGCCGUCCUCGGCGCACUCAGUCGGGUCCCGGUCUCCGCUCCGGCCCCGCUGCCGGCCCACCGAGUCCGAUGGCGGCGGCCGCGCCCAGGGAGCCGCCGCAGUGCGGCGCGGCCAGGGAGGCCCGCGCUGCCCGAGAAGCCCGGCCCUCCUGGCGCUGCUGAGGCGGUCUCCGCCCGGGGUCAAUAGGCGUGGUCUGGCCGCGAGAGAGGAGAGCCCGCCGCGGGGGUGAGCGAGGAGGCCGGGCGCGCGGGAGGAGGGAAUCGCGGUAGUCGGCGGUGGAGUCCGCGGACCGCUGCUCUGCGCGCGGUGGCUGUUGGCGAACCGGUGGACUCCCGGUCUGUGUUUUGAGAAGGGCCGCGGCAAGUGGUGCGUGUUGCAGAUGGGUCUAUGUGGCAACGGAAGAGAAGUGCAAUUUGGAACAAACAGGCUGAGUCAGAACAGUAGGCCAGUGUGGAGAGCACGAGAGGUAGUCUUGUUUCAGGGGAAAGAGGCGAAGUUGGGACGGCUGUUAUAAACUACAGGUCCACUGGAGUAAACUGGGAGUUGUGGCUUCUCAUUGGGUGGGGUGAUGAGGAAAUCCUGUCUUUUCGAGUCUGGGGAGUGAAGUAGUGUCCCAUGUAAGUUGAAGUCCGUCUCUUUGGGUUGGGUCUGCAGUUGAUCACUGUGGUAGUGUCUGAGAGUUCCUCCCAGUGCAACCUCCCGACUCCAAUUUAGUGAGGUUUCCCAUCAUUAAUUUUCACAAGUCCUAGCAGCUGAAGGGCUGGAAACUCCCAUCAUCCUGAUGGAAAGUAGCAGGAAGUUGUGUAUCCUUGGGGAUGUCGUAACUUGUUUUGACAUUGGUAAGCGACUUAGAUGUUUCAGAGAAGUGUGAGUGAUGGCGUCAAGUGGGCAGCUGGACAGGACGUUUUGGGAAACUGGGGGAAGGAUGCAUGAUGGAGAGUUUGAAAAGUGAUGGCUACUGUGUGGACCAGGGUGGAGAUUUGGCUCACAUUUAGGAAGGGAAGGCAGAGAAUCAUGGUAAUAGGCUAGUAGGUCAGAGGGUCCUAGUAAAGUGCUGAGGAGUGGUUUUCUGGCUCAGCACGUGGUUGGGGUUACUGGACAUUGCCAACACAGGUGAAGGGGAGAGAAUGAUCUGGCAGAAACAUGGGCAAGCCCUCCAUGGGAUGAUGGGACAAGAGAUGGCUAGGACACCUAGGAGUAAUUUUGCCAAGAUGACAGUGAAGUUGGGGCUGCUCUUUAUUCAGUGCUGUAGGCUUCACAGAAUUUUGCGGUGAGUUUUUACGGUGCCUGAGGUGUUGCAGAGUCUUGCUGGUAGUUCAGGUCUGCACAAAUGCAGUCAUUUCUGCUUUGCUCUGCCUGGCAGGGGAGACCCUUAGGGCUGGGGUUUUCACAAAGGUUCAGUAGAGGAUGAUUGGUUCCCGAUUGUGGCGGGACAGCGUGGGCAGCAGAGAAGUGGAAGAGGGUCUGUGAGUAUCCGAAGCUGACCGUGCUUGUGAGUGUCUGUUACUGAAGGGAGGGUUACAGGCAGCUGAGGAGGGCUUCUCAGCAGCAUGUGAGGCUUUCCCUGUUUUGGGAUCCAUGGGAGUACUGGGUGGAACUGGAACCUGUUUGAGUUUGUCAAACAGCCUGUGGGUGUCACGUGACGAGUACGAGUGUGAGUCAAGGGAGGAUCCUUUGUUGUGGGGCAGGAAGGUGUGGGAGUUCAUCUGUGGGGUCUGAAGACGUGAGAGUGGUAGAGUCUACAGAAUCCUGUACACGUGGAGGGGAAGUGUGAGCUAAGGGCCUCAGCGCCCUGGUACUGAAGACUUCCUGGUAAAGCAGGGCCUAUAAUUGGCUGUCUUGAGGGCACAACGUGGGAGACUCCAUGGGAAUACCGUGGCAGGGGGAUGACCUUGCAGGCCAGACCCAGAGCUUAGAGUGCAUCCAUGUGUCCCCCUGCCUGUUGCUGCUGAGGACUGAACACAGUGACUGAUGGGAAGUGUGGUGUGACCUUUGAGGACAUUGCCGUGUACUUCUCCUGGAAGGAGUGGAGGCUUCUUGAUGAGGCUCAGAGACGGCUGUACCACCAUGUGAUGCUGGAGAACUUUACACUUAUAUCCUCACUGGGUUGCUGCUGUGGAGCAGAGGAUGAGGCACCCUUUGCCCAGAGCACUUCUGUAGGCGUAUCACAGACCAGGACGCCCAAGGCAGCUCUGUCUUCCCGGAAGACCCACCCCUGUGAGAUGUGUGGUCCCGUCUUGAGAGACAUUUUCCACUUGGCUGCGCACCAGGGAAAAGAAAACAGCCAGAAACUGUUGAGGUGUGGGGCCUGUGGGAAACGAUUUUAUUUCAUUACUAACUUCAGAAAACAUGAGACACAGCACAUGGGGGAGAAACCCUUCAGAAGCCGUGUGGACAGGGCCUCUGUUGUGAAGAGCUGGGGAUUCCAUGGUUCAGGAAAGCCCCUUACCUGUGGAGAAGUUCAGAAGUACUUCCUGUCUGGCUCGGGGCAUCGGCAGCAAGAGGCCACUGAUACUGGGGAGAAGCCACACACGAUCACCCAGCACAGGGCAACUUUACAAAGCAGAAAAAGUCAUGACACCUGGGGAGAAUGCAAGAACACCUUUGGUCCCAAACACACAUAUACUCAGGACCAGGGUGUCCACCUUGGAAGACAGUCCUUUGUGUGCAGUGAAUGUGGGAAAACAUUCAGGUACAAAUCCUUAUUUGCCAUACACCAGAGAUACCAUAUUGGAAAAAGACAUUAUGAGUUUGGCAAAUAUGGAAAAUCACUUAGGCAAAGGUCAGCCCUGAAUGAACAUGGUAAGACUCACAGUGGAUCCAGGCAAUACAUGUGCAGCAAAUGUGGGAAAUCCGUAGGCUGCAACUCUGUCCUCAUUCAUCCCCAGAGAUGGCACAAUGGAGUGAAGAGUUAUGUUUGCAGUGGAUGUGCAAAACCUUUUAUCCAUAGAUCAAUGUUGACUACUCAUAGGGUUCGCCCUGGAGAAAGGUUUUAUAAAUGUCGUGGCUGCGCAAAAUCUUUUCCCUCUAUGUCUGCCCUCUGUUAUCAUCAGAGAUCUCACACAGACUUAAGACCGUAUGAGUGUAGUGAUUGUGGGAAAUCUUUUGCCACUAGUUCUAUCCUUCGUGCUCACCAGAGGGUUCACACUGCAGAAAGGCCCUAUGAGUGCAGUGAAUGUGGCAAGUCCUUUGUCCGAAGGUAUAGUCUCAAAGUACACAUAAAGGUUCACUCAGGUGAAAGGCCUUAUAAGUGUAACGAAUGUGAGAAAUCUUUUAAGUGGAAGUCAACAUUGAUUAAACACCAGAGAAUUCACACAGGAGAAAGGCCUUAUGAGUGCAGUGAAUGUGGGAAGUCUUUUAUCUAUAGGACUCACCUCCAUUAUCAUCACAGAAUUCACUCUGGAGAAAGGCCCUAUGAGUGCAGUGAAUGUGGCAAGUCCUUUGUCCGAAGAAAUAUCCUCAAAGUACAUGUAAAGGUUCACUCAGGUGAAAAGCCUUAUAAGUGUAAUGAAUGUGGGAAGUCUUUGAAGUGUAAGUCAACAUUGAUUAAACACCAGAGAAUUCACACAGGAGAAAGGCCUUAUGAGUGCAGUGAAUGUGGGAAAUCUUUUGCCACUAGUUCUGUCCUUCAUUCUCACCAAAGAGUUCACACUGGAGAAAGGCCCUAUGAAUGCAGUGAAUGUGGGAAAUCUUUUACCACGAGGACUGUCCUCCGUGAUCACCAGAGAGUUCACACUGGAGAAAGGCCUUAUGAAUGCAGUGAAUGUGGGAAAUCUUUUACUGCUAAUUCGGCCCUCCAUUAUCACCAGAGAGUUCACACUGGAGAGAGACCUUAUGCGUGCAGUGAAUGUGGCAAGUCCUUUGUCCGAAGAAAUAGCCUGAGUGUGCACCUAAAGGUUCACUCAGGUGAAAAGCCUUACAAAUGCAAUGAAUGUGGGAAAUCAUUGAAGUGUAAGUCAACAUUCGUUGAACACCAGAGAAUUCACACAGGGGACCGACCUCACAAGUGCCGUGAUUGUGGGAAAUCUUUUACGUCUAGAUCUGCCCUUCGUUCUCACCAGAGAGUUCACACUGGAGAACGGCCUUAUGAGUGCAGUGACUGUGGGAAGUCUUUUACCACUACUUCUCACCUUCGUUCUCACAAGAGAGUUCACAAUAGUGAAAGGCCUUAUGAAUGCAGUGAAUGUGGCAAGUCCUUUUCUCGAAGGAAUAGUCUGAAUGUACACGUCAAGGUUCACUCAGGUGAAAGGCCUUACAAAUGUAACGUAUGUGGAAAAUCUUUGAACUAUAAGUCAACGUUCAUUCAACAUCAGAGAAUUCACACAGGAGAAAAGCCUUACCUGUGCAGUGAAUGUGGGAAAUCUUUUAGUUAUAGCCGCGCCCUCCGGUAUCAUCGUCAAAGUCACCUUGCAGUAAGUCCUUAUGAUUGUAGUGAUUGUGGGAAAUCUUUUACUUGUAGUUCUUAUCUCCGUGAUCACCAGAGAGUUCACACUGGAGAAAGGCCUUAUAAAUGCAGUCACUGUGGGAAAACUUUCACUUCUCGUUCCCUCCUCCGUUCUCACCAGAGACUUCACACUGGAAAAAGGCCUUAUGAGUGCAGUGAAUGUGGCAAGUCCUUCUUCCAAAGAAAUACCCUGAAUGUACACAUAAAGGUUCACUCAGGUGAAAAGCCUUAUAAGUGUAAUGAAUGUGGGAAAUUGUUGAAGUACAAGUCGACAUUCAUUCAACACCAGAGAAUUCACACAGGAGAAAGGCCUUAUGCUUGCAGUGAAUGUGGGAAGUCUUUUUUCAGUUACGGUGCUCUCAGUUAUCAUCACAGAGUUCACACUGGAAAAAGACAUUAGGAGUACUAGGGAUGUGGAAAAUCUUUCAGCUAUUUUUCCAGUCUCAUUCAAGAUGAGAAAGUCCACAGUAAAUAAAGUCUUUAUGGUGGUAACAUGAACUAAAUGGUUCUGUUCACUGAUGUUGAUAUGUUGACUUCCUGUCCUCUAAUGCAAUAGGAGUAGUAGGUGAUGUCUUUGGGAGGUAAUUGAUAUUAGAAUGGAUCAUGUGUGUGAAUUCCUAAUGAAUGGUUUUAAUGUCUUCUUAGUAUUCCGAGACAGCUUGCUUCCCCUAUCAAUCAUGUGAGGACCCUUUGGGGAGAUCUGUAAAUCAGGAAGCUGGUCCUCACCAGACACAAAACCAGACUGUAUGGGGAAUGUUAUGGGAAAUAUCCAGCCUCCAGAAGUGAGAAGUUUCUGUUGCUUACAAGCCUCCCAGUUUAUCAUAUUUUUGGAGAGCAGCCUGAGCUAAGACCCACGUGAAAAAUGUGGGUAAUGUUUUGGGCAAAGACACCGUUUCAUAAAAAUUCAAAUUCACCGUGGAGCAUGACCACAUGAGUGAGGUGAAGGACACCCGUCCUUCAGCCAGAUAUUUGUCUUCAUUCCACACUUCAGGGUUCACACUGCAGAAAGACUUUAAAAUGGUGGAGAAGGUGAUCCUUCCUUCCUUAGCGUAUUAUGCUGAGGAGAACCUUAUGAGGCAGCCACCUUCCUGAAUUGAGUUUUGUUCACCUGCAUGUCCACGGUGGAGUGACUUCCCAUAAGUUCCAGCUAUUUGGGAAAGUUUAGAAGUUGUAUUGGGUGUUCUGAUGUGUCUGAAGUGAUUGCUGGAAGUCACUGCCAGAUUCUGUGACAGAAAUCAUUUCACCUCUGCCACCUGGAUGGUCCCAGUAAUGAACAUCUGUCACCACCCAGCUUAAUGAUGCUGACCACUUUGCUUUAUCGUUUGCUGAUGGAAGUUACGGGUACUGGGAUCUCCUCAUUGCCUUCUAAGUUAAUGCAUGGAUGUGACCCAAUGUUGACCCUCCGUACCUCUUGAGUCCUGGAUGGUGUUUUGCAGAGAAAGACUAAAGAUUUUAGGGACGUUGUUAGUCUCCUGAGGAUUGUGAUAAAUCUUUGCAGCUUCUAAGUCAGCAACACAGGAAUUGGGUGCUAUGUGCUGCUCUGGUUUGUGCAUU